AUGCUUCCCUCGUGGUUGUCGUCGUCGGCGGCCGCCGGCCUGCUGCUGCUGUCCUCAGGGCUGAUCAGCGGUGUUGAUGCCCGCUUCAAGCUGCGUCAGCCUGCGGCUCCCCACUACAAGAGCCGUGACGGUGACUGCCCCAUAUCCUGUAUCAAGGCCGGGCCCGACCCGGCCAACUGGCCGGUGUACCGCAGCGUAGAACAGCUGAGCCGCUGCUCGGAGACCAUCUUCUACCACAUUUCGCUCUACGAUAACGUCGACAAGGACGACUCACACCAUCGCAUCUUUGCGUGUUCGUCGUUCGGCUCCCACAAACCGGCCUCGCCGGCCCACUCCAACAAGAUCGUCACCCAGGUGGCCACCAACGCCACCUUCACCGUCGGCCACUGGGACGACAACUCGCCUACCAACGUCGACCUGCGCACCAUGUCUGCGCAGGUGCGCCGCUUCCUGAGUGCUGGCUACCAGGCUGCCAACAACGGCAGCCACACCGCCCAGCCGCAAACGCAGGUGCUGUUUGCUCAGACCCGCGGCAGCACCAUGGGUCUGUACGUCGGCAAGGACGUGCAGAAUAUGGCGUCCGUGGUGCAAGCCCUGUCGACACUGGAGAAGACCAUGACAGCCUCAAACGAGACACACGGCACCGUGGCGCUCGAGCUGUGUGGCGCCGAGUACGAUGCCGACCACUUGAUCGGCUUCGUGGCGACGAGCAACUCGUCGUUUGAGGCAGUGCAGAAUGUGAUGCAGUCGUGGUCCAAGGCCACGUGCAUUGACUUCAACUCGACGCAGACGUUCGUCAGCCCCGUUGGUUACACGACACCCCUGACGCCGCCGGCCAGCACGGGCUCGCUGAACAGCACUCUCUCCGCGGCCAAGAGCGGCCUGGGUCUAGGCGCCCGCUCCCACGCCCACGCCCGCGCCCACAUUGCGGCUCGCUCCAGCCCGCUCCUGUCCCCACGUGCCGAUUGUACGACCGUACAGGUCGUCUACGGCGACGGCUGCGGCACGCUGGCCACCAAGUGCGGCAUCUCUGGCGCGGACUUCACUAAGUACAACCCCGGCGCGACGUUCUGCUCGGACCUCAAGCCCGGCCAGCACGUGUGCUGCUCGGCGGGCACGCUGCCCGACUUUUCACCCAAGCCUAACGCGGAUGGCUCGUGCUAUGCCUACACCGUCCAGGCCAACGACAACUGUGCCACCAUCGGCGCAUCGUUUGACCUCACCAACGACCAGAUCGAAGGCUUUAACAACGACACGUGGGGCUGGCAGGGCUGCGGCAACGUGCUCCUAGGCGCCGUCAUCUGUUUAAGCACGGGUUCUCCCCCGUUCCCGUCGUCCUUGUCCACUGCUGUCUGCGGCCCUCAGGUGCCCGGCACUGUGCCGGGCCCCGGUGGCACCUUUAACCUGUCGGGUCUCAACCCCUGCCCGCUCAACGCCUGCUGCGACAUCUGGGGCGAGUGUGGUAUCACGGCGGAGUUCUGCACGGAUACCAGCCUAGGGCCCCCGGGAACGGCCAAGAACGGUACCUACGGCUGUAUCUCUAACUGCGGCACAGACGUGGUGAAGGGCCCCGGGCCAGCGAAUCCGAUCAAGAUUGCUUAUUACGAGGGCUACGGUAUGGACCGCGCUUGUUUAUACCAGGACAUUUCGCAACUUAGUACCGACUACACACAUGUGCACUUCGCGUUUGCGACGUUGGAUCCAAACACGUACGCCGUGUCGACCGGUUCUACGUCUAGCACCUUUGAAUUUAACAACUUCGUGAGGCUCGGCUCAAGUUUCCACCGUGUGUUAACGUUCGGUGGCUGGGCCUUUUCGACCGACCCGAGCACAUAUCUUAUCUUCCGUAACGGUGUGACGGCAGCCAACCGCGUGGCUAUGGCUACGUCUAUGGCAAACUACGUCAAACAGUAUAACCUCGACGGUGUCGAUAUUGACUGGGAGUACCCGGGCGCACCCGACAUCCCGGGCAUCCCGCCCGCCAGCCUCGACGACGGCGAGAAUUACCUAGCCUUCCUCGCGGUGCUUAAGAACCUGUUACCCGGCAAGACAGUCAGUAUCGCAGCACCCGCAUCCUACUGGUACCUCAAAGGCUUUCCUAUCGCCGAAAUCUCCAAGAUCGUCGACUACAUUGUGUUCAUGACGUACGAUCUACACGGCCAGUGGGACACCAACAAUGCCUACUCGCAAGAGGGCUGCUCGACCGGCAACUGCUUGCGUAGCCACGUUAACCUGACGGAGACCAUGACCUCGCUGGCUAUGAUCACCAAGGCCGGUGUCCCAUCCGCUAAGGUGGUCGUCGGCGUCACCAGCUACGGCCGCUCUUUCGGUAUGAACGACGGCAGCUGUUACGGGCCCGAGUGCACCUUUGGCGGCACCGCGCUGGAAUCCACGGCGACCCCUGGCCCUUGUACGAACACGGCGGGCUACAUCGCCGACGCGGAGAUCAGCGACAUUGUCUCCGGCACGGACUCGAACAGCGGCAAGCGCGCCGCCUCCAGCCGCAUCAACCAAAAUUUCUACGACAAGGACAGCGACAGCCAGAUCACCGUGUACGACGGCAACCAGUGGGUGGCGUAUAUGACGCCGGACAUUCUGGCCUCGCGCCAAACACUCUACUCUGGGCUGGGCCUUGGCGGCACGACCAACUGGGCCACCGAUCUGGAGACGUACAACGAGGUGCCCGGCGACAUGCCGACGUGGGACGAGUUCCUCCUGAACGUCAAGGCCGGCGUCAAUCCGCUGUCGCUAGCGAUUGAUCCCGGCAGCCUCACGGGCAACUGGACAAAGCUGGACUGCUCCAACAUUGCUGUGGUCAGCACGGAGAACAUGACGUCAGAAGAGCGGUGGAACGAGCUGGACGGACCCGACGCGUGGGCCGACGUAAUCGACCAUUGGAACAAGGUCGACAAGGCGGUAGGAGGUGAACUCUACCUGAGCCGGUCCAUCAGCACGUCCAUCAAUGGUCCCGAGUUGAGCAACUGCGGCGUGAUCGGUCGGACCGCCAACUGCGAGCAAAUCUUAGUGUGCAAAGACAUCUACCCCACGACUGGCUCGGGCCCUGUUGCCUACGAGCUGUGGAACUCGAUGGCGUAUUUGCACGAGAUCUACGGCACCUUCUACGACGCGCUCGUGGCUGCGGCGGCACUGACGUUCGACCCGUCCUAUGGGGAGUUUGAGAACACCUUUGCGCCGGUGAAGCCGUCUGAUGAACUGUGGAUCAGCAUUCUACUGGAUGUUGCCAACCUGGUGGGCACAAUUGCCGUUGCGGGUUACUUUAACUCCAUCCUUAAGGGCCUUCCCUUCUUCAAGGCCAACGGCAUACAGUACGACAACUACAAGGAUUCGGCCAAGGCCCUCGUUAGCUUCGCCGUCGGCAUCACGGGCGACUAUGUCACGGGCAACGAAGGCAGCUGGACGGCCGGGUCGCAGACCUCCUUCAGCGCCUACCUCGGCCAAGUGGUCAGUAUUUGGGUCAACUCGACCGAAAACCAGGUCGCGGCCCUUUACAGCGGCUCUACAGACACGCUCCCUAUCUUGACGAGUUUGAUUGCCAAGGGCCAGAUGAUUGAGGGUGACAACGGCUCCGGUACCCGGGACGGCUCUAUGCCGGACGUAGGCGCGUCCGACGAGACCACGGGAGAGAUCCGGUCCAGUAUCGCGUACGGCUUCUACGGCUAUGCCAUCCCGGCCGUGUGGUCCGCGUCCGGUGCGGGAGUGUUCGUGCUCGAUACGGGCGCCGACUGCAGCAACCUCAACGUCGUGUCCCAGUACGUCGACGACAGUAUCCAAAAGCAGGCCAUGGGCUGUAUCGAUAACCACUUGUACUUCCUCGUGUACCCAGACGGCCCUAGUAGUACUACGUGCCCUGCCGACGGCUCGUGUCUCGACAAUUCCUUCUCGUUGCCCGACGGCGUCGACCAGAUGGACGGCACUAAGUGGGGCGGCGUCACUGUCACCGACCUCAUCCAGGGCUCCGUUAACACGUUUAAGGCUAACGGCAACAAGAACGGCGGCAAGACCGCCAACCCGGGCGAUGACACCACGUUAAACAACCUCUACGACCAGGACAUCACCACCGCAGGUUACGUCCGCCUGCCCGUGUGCAGCGGCGACACGGCGUACUGGAACUGGGAGGAGUACAGCGACCGCACGCUGGAAUCGUGGCCCUGCUACGUGCCGCCGCCAAAAGACGAUUGCCAGGCGUCCAGCUUCAUCGACCAGACCAGCGGCGCAUCGCCCAGCGUUAGCGACUGCAUGCAGAUCGUCAACAACAUUAUAAACACCGACGGCGAGUGGACCACGCAGGUGGUCGGCAAGCGUCAACGCGCUCUGGUGAAGUACGGCGGCUGUGCGUUCGGCGUGCAGGCCACAAACACGCACGGCAACGUCAACUUCAAGGUGGCCGCCUCAGAUAUUGUCGACAUCAUCCAGGAGUCGAUCAAGCAGUUUGGCGGCAGCGGUCAGGUCGGUGCAAAGGGCUACAUGGACUGCAAGGGUAACAUCAACUCGCAGGACAUUGAGUGGGGUCUCUACUAA